AUGACCGAAACAACACCCCACUCCAACACCGCCCGUCUGCAAAAUGACUUUGGCGCCGAUCUAUGGGUGAAGAACGUUCCCAAGCGACACGCCGUCGGUGGCCGCGGCCUCUUCGCCGGUCUCCAAGACACGAAAAGCUAUAACGUCGAGUCCGGCUGGGCCAAGCGCCGCGCGGCAGAACACCAAGGGUUCUUCGGGAGUAUCUGGAGUCGAUUCUGGGGCGGCUCGUACACGCCUCCCGAGUGA